GUGCGGGACAGGGAGCCAGGCGGCACAAGAGGGGCAACGCACCUUUCUGCACUCACACGGCCAAGGCACAGCAGCAAGAGGACAGGUCAGUAGAGAGUGGCACUGAGAAAGGAAGAGGAAUAGCUGAGAAGAUAUGGUGCGCUCAUGUGAACAAGAGAUCCCUGCCUGGGUCUAUGUGGGCACCCUGUUCUUCUUCAUCAACUUCCACUCAAUCACAGUUACAGGAGCUGCUCUGAAGCAGGAGGCAGCAUUGGACAGCGGCACCACGGUGCUGAACAACUCCAUGGGUUUGGUGCAGCGCAUGGAGACGCUGCUGGCCAUGGGGAACGGCAGUGAUGUCACCCUCCGCGUGCAGACCAUCAACACGGACGAGGUGAAGGUGAUCCAGGCCCACAGCCUGCUACUCACCCUGCAGAGUGACGUGUUUGAGGAUCUGCUGCUCAGCCGCAACAACAGCGCUGUGGUUUUGAGGGAGACGCCCGACUGUGCGGCUGUCUUUGACAAGUUCAUCAGGUAUCUGUACUGCGGUGACAUCUCAUUGCGGCUAGAUCAGGCCAUCUCUCUGCAUAAGCUGGCCAGCAAGUAUCAUGUGUGGGGCUUGCAGCAGGGUCUGACCCAAUAUAUGACCCAGCAUCUCUCUAGCGACUCCCCCACAGGUCAUGUGAUUGGUUGGUACAACUACGCGCUACAAAUUGGGGACAUGGCCCUGCGGGACAGCUGCCUGCAGUACCUGUCCUGGAACCUAUCUUCCGUGCUGCAGAGCGGAGAAUGGGGCUCUAUCAGUGAAGACCUGCUCCUCUCCUUGCUCCAGCGCUCUGACCUCAUUCUGCAGAGUGAGCUGGAGCUUUACGAAGCCCUGGAGGCCUGGAUUAGCCAGAACCAGCCAGUCAGUACGACAGUGGAGGUUGCCCUCAAGGCUGUUCGAUACGGCAUGAUCCCACCCCAGCAUCUCUUCCGUCUUCAGAGGCAAUCAGCCCUCAUGCUCAAAUAUUACGAGUCUAUCCGCGAUCUCCUCUACCUGGCAUUCCAAUUUCACGCCGCCUCACCUAUCCAGCUGGCAAAGUACUUUGAUGUCAACUGCAGCAUUUUCACUCCCCGCAACUACCUGUCCUCCUCCUGGGGCUCCCCUUGGGUCAUUAAUAACCCCACUCGUGAUGACCGCAGUUUCAGCUUCCAGACUCAGCUCGGGCCCAGCGGCCAUGACUCCAGUAAGAGGGUGACAUGGAACGCCCUCUUCUCCCCUCGUUGGCUCCCGCUCAGUGCCAGGUCAACCUACACUGAGCUGGGCGCCAUGCAGCCCACCCGCACAGACGGAGGCCGGCCUCGCAUUAUUGUAACCCCAGCAACUUCCAGUCCAGACUUUGCUGGAGUGAGUUUCCAGAAGACGGUGAUUGUAAUGGCAAAACAGCAAGGAAAAGUGGUAGUUCGUCACGUCUACAACUUCCACCAAAGCACAGAGGAGGCCGGGGAUUUCCUGGUGGAUGCUGACCUGCAGCGUCGUGCUUCCGAAUACCUAAUUGACAGCUCCCUCUAUCUGCACGUUAUAAUAAAACCUCUCUACCAUACUCUCCUUGUCGCCAGGAAAUAAAGGCAGGAAAUUGGCGUGGCCUCAUCAUCCAACCUCCACCCACACAAUCACAUGCACAUAUUCUCAAGUAAAGUACAGUCAUAUCACAGGCUAGCAUGCUUAUGUGUCAGGUCUGUGACAUCUCCAUUGUUAUUUAGGUUGUACAUUUAGUUGUCUUCCAACUAUUUAGCAGGGAGUUGUCUGUUACAAUAAAGGAUUCACAAUUUAACAGCUCAGCUUUGAUUAUAAUCAGUGGUGGUGGUUUUUUCAUUUUUUCAUGCAUACUAAGUAAAAAAACAACUCACUGUACUGUAUCUGUUCAAGUAUUUUAUUAC